AUGUUUAAACAUUUCUUUCAUUCUCGUUCAGUUUGCUCACUAAAUAACUUCCAUCAAUCUAAUAUAUCUAGACUAAUACAUUUCAAUUCAUUACAUACGAUAUCUAGAUUAACCCCACGCUCAUCGAAAUUACUGAUAAUACGACCAAUCAUUGGCAAAGCCCAAUUAUCUUUGUCAUCGUCAAUAACAACAACGAAAAGUAGAACAACAUCACCUAAAAUGGCAUUAACAGUUCAAUCGUGUUCUCAAUUACCUACGGGGAAAUUACCUGAAUAUAUUAAAUCUUCAAAAAGCCGAUUAUAUAACAUUAUAUGGCUGUCAUCAUCUCCACCAACGAAUAUAUACAUUGCCAAAAAGCCUGGUGAUGCUAGUGUUCGAGAAGCAAUGAUUGAAUUUAUAAAUCAUUUACAUCAACAAUAUCCAUCAAUAAAUGUUAUUGUCAAUCAAGAAGUUGCUGAUGAAUUAAUGCAUGAAUUGAAAUCCACCACCACCACCACCAAACAAGACAGUAAAUCGAUUCAAGAAUUAAUGGAUCCAUUAACCGAUCACGUCAUUUAUACUGGUAAAAAUGAAGAUAUUGUUGAUAAAACCGAAUUAAUGAUUACAUUAGGAGGGGAUGGGACAAUUUUACAUGGUGUUAGUUUAUUUCUGAAUGUUGUUGUCCCACCAAUAUUAUCAUUUGCUAUGGGUACAUUAGGAUUUUUAUUACCAUUUGAUUUCAAAAAUUAUAAACAAACAUUUCGAGAAGUUUAUGAAGGUAGAAGUAAAGCAUUACAUAGAAAUCGAUUGGAAUGUCAUGUUAUAAGAAAACAAAUAGGCAAAUCAAAUGAUGAUGAUGCAGAACAAGAAGAAGAAAGAACAAAUAUUAAAAAAUUGAAAACUAAUGGGGAAACAAGCAUACCAAUGCCUACAAAUGGGAGUAGUGAUGAUUCUAAAAAAAUUAAAGAAAUGAUUCAUGCUAUGAAUGAUGUCACUAUCCAUCGUGGAAGUUCACCAAAUUUGACAUCAUUAGAUAUUUAUAUUGAUAAUGAAUUUUUCACUACUACUUUUGCUGAUGGUGUUAUAUUUGCUACACCAACUGGGUCAACUGCAUAUUCACUAUCAUCGGGUGGAUCGAUAACUCAUCCUUCUGUACCCUGUGUUUUAUUAACUCCAAUUUGUCCACGUUCCUUAUCAUUUAGACCAUUGAUCUUGCCUAGUCUGUCAGAUAUAAUGAUUAAAUUAUCUGAAAGUAAUAGAAACCAAAGAAUCGAAUUGACUAUAGAUGGUAUUACACAGCCUGAUCUUCAUCCUGGUGACGAAGUACAUAUCACUUCAGAAGUAGCUAUUACAUCAUCAGGUGCCAGUAGUGCUGGCAGUAGUACUCAUAGUGGAAGCAGCAGUACCAGUACCGGUACUAGUAGUAGCAGCAGUAGUGGUAGUGGAAGCAACAAUAGUGGCAGUUAUGGUGACAAGAAUGGAAUUUGGUGUGUUGCUACUAAUCAAAAUCAAUGGUCAAAAGAUUUGAAUAGCUUAUUGGGAUUCAAUAGUUCAUUUAGAGAUCAAAAGGGGAAGAAAUUACACCUCUAA